UCACGGAUGCGCUCGGGCGCACUCGGUGUGCUGGAUUUGGCGACCGCGGGUAUGCUCUAGCUCUGGUCUAGGCCAACACUUGAUACGCUUCAUGGCCAGGUACGGCCGUACCGGUACAAAAAUCAUUUUUGCUCGCUGCCACUUGCACUCCUAUUCGUCGUGUCUCCCCAAGCUCGCUCGAGUUGUUACCACCAAUGGAGCUGCCGGAAGACGUGCGUGCCGCGGAUGAGGAGAGCCAGCCUCACUUCCUGAUCGUGACGUACCCGGCGCAGGGCCACAUCACCCCGGCGCGUCACCUCGCGCGCCGUCUCGUGCGCGCGGCCGCCGGCGCCAGCGGUGCGCGCGUCACCAUAUGCACCCCUGUCUCGGCCUUUCGGAAGAUGUUCGCUGACGCAACAACCGCGGUGGGCGGCGGCGACGAGAUAAGGGAAGAGGGCGGGGUCGCAUACGCCGCUUACUCCGACGGCUACGACGAUGGGUUCGACCGCGCCGCGGGCGACUACGCGCACUACAUGUCGCAGGUCAGGCUGGAGGGCGCGCGCACGCUGUCCGGGCUGCUCCGGCGCCUCGGCGAUCGCGGGCACCCCGUCACCUGCGCAGUGUACACGCUGCUUAUGCCGUGGGUGGCCGGCGUCGCGCGGGAGUACGGCGUGGCGGUCGUCGCCGUGUUCUGGAUCCAGCCGGCCACCGCGCUCGCCGCCUACUACCACUACUUUCGAGGGAGCCGGGAGGCCGUCAUGGCGGCCGCCGCGUCGCGCGACCCGAAUGCCGAGGUGUGUAUCCCGGGCCUCCCGCCGCUCCGGUUCCGCGACCUGCCGUCCUUCCUCGCCGUCACCUCAGAGGACGACUCAUUUGCCUGCCUGAUCCCGGAGUUCCGCGAGCUCAUCGACGCACUCGACGGCGACCGCGAGAAGCCCCCGACGUAUGUCCUCGCCAACACGUUCGACGCCAUGGAGCCUGAUGCGCUGGCUUCGCUGAGGCCUCACGUCCAAGUCGUAACCGUCGGUCCCGUGCUCUCGUUCCUGCACGACGGCGGCCACGACGACAACAGUCCAAACGACCUGUUCGACCACAACGGCCAAGGCUACCUCCAGUGGCUGGAUACGAAGUCGGCCAAGUCGGUGGUGUACAUCUCCUUCGGGAGCACGUCGGUGAUGAGCAAGAGGCAGGUCACCGAGAUAGCGGACGCCAUGAGCCAAUCCAACAGGCCGUUCUUGUGGGUGCUACGGAAAGACAACUGCAAGGACACGGAAGAAGGCGACGCUAUCAAGGGACUCCUCGCAACGGCCACGUACGACGACGACGCCGGCAUGGUGGUGGAGUGGUGCGACCAGGCGCGCGUGCUUUCGCAUCCGUCCGUGGGAUGUUUCGUGACGCACUGUGGGUGGAACUCGACGCUGGAGAGCGUGGCCUGCGGCGUGCCAAUAGUUGCCGCGCCGCAGUAUUCGGACCAGGGGACGAACGCCUGGCUCGUGGAGCGGGCGCUGGGCGUGGGUGUCCGUGCCGCGGCGCGUGCGGAGGACGGCGUCCUGGAGGCUGGGGAGCUGAGGAGGUGCAUGGAGAUCGCUACGUCGGAGGCGGUGGCGUCGCGCGCCGCGUCGUGGAAGGAGGAGGCGAGGGUGGCCGUGGCCGACGGCGGGGGCUCGGACCGGAGCCUGAGGGAGUUUGUGCGGCGGACUGCACGCGGUACCUGAAAUCGUUUGCUACUGCCGUUGCACGUUUGUUCCGGUUAGUUAGGGCGUGUUUGGUUGCCCGCGCUGCACCUGCAUGGCAUCCGAGAUGCAAUUUUCAGCUUGUUUGGUAAACCGUAUGGCCAUCUGGGCCUGGCCCAACUGAUGCAAAAAGUACCCUCUCAGCCAGGCUGAGAGCUACGCCGGAUUCGGCUGUUCCUUGAAUGCAUGCACGAGUCGUGCAAAA